CACAACCUCAAAAUUACAAUAUAAAUACUAAUAUUGAAUAGUGUCGUCUGUGGUGCAAUCAUGAAUAAAAUUAGUAUAACUUUGUCGUAUCAUUAAUGCACUACGUAAAUCACUGCGUUACGUAGAAAAGAUUAAGAUAAUAAUUAAAAAACCAGUAUUUGCUCUCUAAUUUUGUAACUAGAAACAAAUAAGGAAGAUCUCAGUUUUAAAGUAUGAAACAAAUUAAUAUGUGCUUAUUAUUUUUCGCAGUACUUAGUUUUUCAUCAUUUAUCGUUGCUUAUAAACCCGUGAUUUUAUUGCAUGGCAUAAUGACUGGUUAUGAAAGUAUGGAAUUAAUAAAGAGUGAAAUAGAAGAGAAACAUCCUGGUACAAUUGUUUAUAAUAUUGAAAAGUUUGGGGGAUGGUCAAGUCUAGACAAUAUGUGGUACCAAGUGAAUGAAAUUGGGGAGGAAAUAGUAAAUAUCAGUCAAAAGUACCCUGAUGGUGUUAAUUUUCUAGGCUACUCACAAGGAGCCCUCUUAGCUAGAACUAUUCUGCAAGCCAAUCCAGAUCACAAUAUUCAUCGAUUUAUAUCGUUAAGUGGUCCUCAAGCAGGCCAAUAUGGAACUCAAUUCUUACAUAUAUUUUUCCCUGGACUAGCAUUGAAAACAGCAUUCGAGUUAUUUUAUUCAAGAGUCGGUCAACAUACUUCUGUCGGAAACUAUUGGAAAGAUCCAUACCAUCAACCGUUAUAUUUCAAUUAUUCACAGUUCUUGCCAUAUGUGAAUAAUGAGAUAGAAUCGGCUAAAAGUACUGAUUUUAAAAAUGCCCUUACCAAGUUAGAUAUGAUGGUACUUAUUGGUGGCCCUGAUGAUAAUGUGAUCACCCCAUGGCAGUCCAGUCAAUUUGGAUAUUUUAAUGACAAUGGGACAGUGAUAAAUUUUAUGAAUCGUGAUAUUUACAAAGAAGAUCGUAUAGGUUUAAGAACUUUAGAUAAAAAAGGGAAGCUAAAAAUCAUUACAGUUCCUGGAAUCAAUCAUUUUAUGUGGCAUAUAAAUAUGUCUGUUUGUGAUAACUAUGUUUUACCGUAUCUAGACUGAUUUUGUUAAUUUAAUUUUAUUGAUUGUGAUUUUAAAAUAAAGUAUUUCAUAAG